CAGAGCGCCUUCGACCGAAUGUUAGAGCGGAGUAGCAGUAGCGCUGAUGGGGGUGUUAACCUAUCCCAAGUUAAGGUGUUACCACAUUGCAUUCUUCACUGCCAUCCUUGACUUUUUUCCAGUAGGAAAAUAAGGGCGGUCAGGGAUGAUCUGAAGAAUGCUUAGGGCAGUCUACACGCCGGUAGCUACGCGGAAAAUAUGUAGGCAGGUUCUUCACGGAACUCGCUUGCGAUACAAAAAAAAAAAAGUGCGAGAUUAAUUGUGUUGUUGUAUUGUAACCUCUAACCAAGGGCUCCUGUACGGUCGUGAGGGGACCUAUGGCAGACCGAAAUCUAGCGCUAUAUUUUCGUCCCUUGGUUCAAGUACAGCAGUGGACUUUCACGCAACAAGGAACAAAGGUUAAGACUGGUCGUGUUAUAAGUGAAAUGUAUGACAGUCGUAAGGUAACGGACUUCUGACGGAGAUACAGAUAUCUGAGGAUUAUAGUAUGUACGUGGUAGUGAAAUGUAUGACAGUCGUAAGGUAACUACUUUCUACUUAUGUAUGACAGUCGUAAGGUAACUAUUACUAGAAGUACUACUUACGAGGCGGAAGUAGGAGGACAAGCAGCCAGUUUAUUAAGUCUAUAACUUCGGGAAUAACUAUGAUUCGAAGAAUUAGAAACGAAUUCUACGAACUACUAGCUCACAGAGAAAUAACUAGCCACCUUGUACACUUGUUAUCCCUCUACUUCGUUUCUCUCGUAGUUCUCCUCUCGCUGGUCUAGUCGUCAAAGACACUACUCGUUCGCUCUCCACAUUCAUACUCCGAACUACGACAACGAGCGGGAGCGUUCGCUACGUCAUCGAUUGGAUGUGGGCCUGUUGUCGCCCUGGAGUCGAAAUUCGCCUAGAGACCACGGUCGAUCCUUCACGUCGCCUCGUGGUUAUACUGGUGUACGAGGUCGUGGGUUUUGAAGCACGAACGUGAGAUCUUCACCAUGGUAUCAUUUCUGCAGGAUUGAUACUACUUAGACGUAUCUAUGUAUAAAUAUUGUUGAGUUGUACAGCUAUCAUGUUGAACAAGGCUGUCGUUAGUAAUUGCUUACUCCCCUGAUGAUCUCUGUUGAUUUUUGUCGGUCAUCGCGUCAUUGCGAUGGCAGAGUGUGAUUACAUUGCACCUAGACUGACAGUGACACUUCCAGCCAUGACGAAGCGCUGUCAUAAGCGCUGUCAUUAUCAUCCAGCCACGAUAAAGCGCUCUCUCUCAUAUUUAUCGGUGUACUAU